AUGGCCAAGGUGGUGGUUACCGCAGCAGCAGGUGUCACUGAAAGUGUAAUUCACCUGUUCACGAGUUCACCUUGUCUCCUCUGUUUCUUCCAGCUUUCACUUCAGCGCUCCAGCAGUUUCAAGGAUUUUGCCAAAUCCAAGCCCACUUCACCUGUAGUGAGUGAGAAGGAAUUUAACCUGGAGGAGAACAUCCCUGAGGAUGACUCCAAAAUUCCUAUCACUGAAGAAAAUGGCAAGGGCGGGAGUGGCAAGAAGCUGGGAAAGAAGUGGAGGGCGGUCAUCUCCCGCACCAUGAACAGAAAGAUGGGCAAGAUGAUGGUGAAAGCCCUUUCGGAGGAGAUGGCAGAUACUCAGGAAGAGGAAUCAAUCUCUCCAACUUCUCCAGACUGUGAAACUGAAGGGCUGAGCCAUGAAAAGGUGGCCAUGUGUUACCUGGAGCAAGAGGAGGACACCCGCCAGCCUCUCAGUCGCCAGACAUCCACUGGCAGCGAAUUGUGUAGCCCCGGAUACUCCAGCAUUUCCCGGGACAGGGGGAGCCUGGAGGAGGCCUCGCUACCCUACACGGGACCCUUCUGUGGCAAAGCUCGGGUCCAUACGGACUUCACUCCCAGCCCCUACGACAGAGACUCCCUGAAGCUCCAGAAAGGAGACCUCAUCCAGAUCAUCGAAAAGCCCCCGGUGGGCACCUGGAUGGGGCUGCUGAACGGCAAAGUGGGCUCCUUCAAGUUCAUCUACGUGGACGUCGUGCCGGAGGAGGUGACCCCCGCCCGCAAGAGCCGCCAGCCGAGCAAGAGCAAGCGCCCCAAGCCCAAGACCCUGCAUGAGCUGCUGGAGCGUAUUGGCCUGCAGGAGCACACAUCCACCUUGUUACUGAAUGGCUACCAGACCUUAGAGGACUUCAAGGAACUGCGUGAGACUCACCUUAACGAGCUGAACAUCACCGACCCCCAGCACCGAGCCAAGCUGCUCACGGCGGCUGACCUGCUGCUAGACUACGACACUGGCAGUGAGGUUGAAGAAGGAGGUGAGACCAACUGUGAGCCUCUGGCUUUACCUUCUGACCACAAAGUGGAUAUCCCCCGGGAUUCAGGCUGCUUCGAGGAAUCCGAGAGUGGCCGGGAAGAUGCGGAGCUGAACAAUACGAAAGAGCUAUUCCACGGCAUCUCCCUGGCAGAGUCAUCCUGAGAUGUUUACGAGGAGCCCCGGACUCCCCUCCUGGGCCUUUCCUCCCUCACCCCAGCCCCGGGAGUGGGCGCGACUCGAGUGGCUGCCUUCCAGCUCAAACUUGGCUUCCCCACACUGCACCCCUCAAAUGGUGGGAGGGGUCACGGGGUCAAGUUCACUUGCUCCGUAAGGUCUCCUACAAUUAGGGAUCCAGGCCUUACGGGGGAACAAGAGAAAUUUCUCAAGGCAGCGGCAUCAAAUGGGGAUGGGGACCACAUUCUCAUACCAGCCUGAGAAUCUAGGAGGACUUCUAGAUCUCCGUUCAUGGAGCAAUGUCCUUUUAAUCUAUAGAUCACAUGCACUGCACCCCUGCUACUGGUUGCGCUCCAGGUUUGCGUGGGAACACGCCUGCUAGGGAUGAGAGGGUGCAAGUCAUUCUGAACGAACCAAAUUAGCACUCCAG